AUGAGUUCGAGUCUCGAGGCCAAGAUCGUCGUCCUCGGCGCGCAAGGGGUAGGCAAAACCUCCCUCGUGGAGCGCUAUGUCCGAAACGCCUUUAACCCCGCAACAGCCUCAACAGUCGGCGCGUCGUUUGUCACAAAGCGCGUCCUGGACCAUACCUCGGACACCAUCGUCCGACUCCAGAUCUGGGAUACAGCGGGGCAAGAGCGAUUCCGCAGUAUCUCACGUCUCUAUUAUCGCGGUGCGCACGCGUGCCUGCUUUGCUAUGAUAUCACAGAUGAAUCCAGUUUCCAAGAAAUGGCCGGCUGGCUGCGCGAACUCCGCAAGAAUAUCGGCACAGGUGAAGACAAUCUAGACCCGCUAGUCAUCCAUGUGGUUGGAACGAAAUCCGAUAUCGUUACCAUGGAUCCCAGUCGCAGACGCAUCCCGUUCGAACGCACAAUCGCGUACGUAGCCGAACAACUCUAUCCCACACAAGCAUCUACACCGCCGGCUACAGCAACAAGUGGCGGGAUGAGUAUGGGACUGGGAUUCAGCACGAGUGUGUUUGGCGGUAAUGGGGGGAGCAACAAUACAAAUACCAACGCAAACACAAACACGAAUAUCAAUACGAAUAUGAAUGGCAGCGGGGGCCUCUCAUCGACAGCCCUACAAAGCCCAGAUUCAAAACGCAGUUCUGCGUUCUGGGGACAAGAAAUUGGCUGGGAUUGCUGUCAUGAGAUUAGUGCCAAAGAUGGGGAGGGCAUUGAUGAGGUUUUUCGGGUUAUUACUCGGAAGUUGGUUGAGCAAAGGAAUAAACGUGAUACGGAGCUUGCACUUUCGAUUGCGGGGACGCCUAUGACUGCUGGUGGUGUCUCUGUUGGCCCGUUUAGUCCUGGCUUUGUGGAGGGCACGGGGAGUUUUCGGUUGGGAGUUGGGGAUAAGAAAAGGAGUUGGUUGGGUCUAGCUUCGCCUUCUGCUGGGAUUGGAAAUGGGAGUGGCAAUGGGAAUGAGAAUGGGGAGGAGGUGCAGAUUAUGCAGAAUGCGAAGGGGAAGGGGAGAUGCUGUUGA